CUCCGCAUUACAUGUGCGUCAGCGCUGGUGUGAAGUGCUUUUGGUUUUGAACUUGUGAGCUGGUGCUGAGAGGCGCACACACCGCAGCUGCUGCAGACCUGCGGGAUAAACCAGACCCGGGUCACACUUGGAGGGUCAGACUUGUCUUGUAGGACUUCUAAGCUUGUGCUGAGAUGAUUCCUCACGUCCUCACGCGUCUGCUGUGUCUCGUGUGUCUGUGCUCAGCUCGUCCUCAACCAGCACCACUGCACUCGGUGAAGAUGAAGGAGAACUCUCCUGCAGUCGGUUCUCUGGCCGGCCGGGUGGUGCUGCCGUGUCACUUCUCCAUAAUGGACGCUUCUCCUACACACAGUCCAUCAGUCACGACACACAGCCCUGCAGCAGCCACACCUCUCCUCGGUCCUGAGCACCAGCUGAGGAUCAAGUGGACCAAGCUGGAGGGAGAGGGAGAGGGGGAGAAGGUGGUGCUGGUGGCCCAGGCAGGAGUGGUCAAGGUGGGUACGGACUACAGGAGCAGGGUGUCCGUGCCCAGCCACCCACUGUCUGUGGGGGACGCUUCUCUGAUGAUAGUGAGCGUCAGGGCCAGUGAUGCAGGACUGUACCGCUGUGAGGUGAUGCACGGGAUGGAGGACACUCAGGACACGGUUCCCCUCAAUGUCACGGGUGUCGUGUUCCACUACAGAACGAGCAGCAGCCGCUACAGCCUGGAUUUCUCCGCCGCCGUGGACGCGUGUCGUCAGGCAGGCGCCACCGUCGCCUCACCAGAACAACUGACUGCUGCGUUUAAGGACGGCUUUGACCAGUGUGACGCCGGCUGGCUGUCUGACAUGACUGUCAGAUAUCCGAUCACCAUGUACCGUCAUGGCUGUGCAGGUAAUCUGGGGAACAAGCCAGGUGUGAGGACAUACGGCGUCCGGCCCCCCACAGAGAAAUACGACGUGUACUGCUUUGUAGACAAACUUAAUGGCGAGGUCUUCUACCCUCCAUCCAUCAGCGAUAAGCUCACCCUCCAGGAGGCGAGAGAAGAAUGUGAGAAGCAUGAUUCUGUGCUGGCGUCGCCAGGUCAGCUGUUUGCAGCUUGGAGGGCGGGGCUGAACCGGUGUGACUACGGUUGGCUGUCCGACGGCAGCGUCCGCUACCCGGUCACUUUCCCCAGGCCUCAGUGUGGGGGAGGACUGCUUGGUGUUCGUACACUUUACAAGUAUGAAAACCUGACGGGUUUCCCGGAGCCCGCGGAGAAGCACGGAGCGUUCUGCUUCAAAGCCUCACUACCAGAGCCGACGACCGUGACUCCAGUGACAACUCCAUCUGUGGAGAAACCUGAAGACCCCACACACGACCCCUACACUACAGCAUCGCCACGAACGGAACCGGAGAGAGCUGAAAUCCAAACACGAGGAGCCAAGCCGUCUGCGCACUCACCGACAGACGGGCCACACACAGCCUCAGCACAACAACACACGGCCUCAGCGCAACAACACACGGCCUCAGCGCAACAACACACAGCCUCAGCGCAACAACACACAGCCUCAGCAGAACAACACACAGCCCCCCACACCACUGCCCUCAUCCCUACCACCGUCUUCGAUGACUUUGAUGAUAUUCAACGAUUUGACUCCAACCAGGUACAGGCAUUACCAGGAGGUGACUUUUUGGACCCCAUGCCGCUCCCUCCCUUACCUACCAUCUCCUCCCAGACCCCACACCUUGACAUCUCUGACGGAGGAGAGGAGGGAGGGCAGACAGAGUCAGGCCGGGGGGAGAGCGGUGACAGCGGCCAGGGAAUCAGUGGUGAUGACAGCUCUGGUGGGGCAGAGGUCAGGGCGGUGGUGACCCCCACAGAGUUCAGGACAGAAACUGUAUCAAGGCCGAGCUGGCUUCAGGAAACAACCAUGGGGCCGGCGGUGGCUGUGGAAACCACACAGAAGCCAUCACAGCGUGCAGAUGCAGAGGUCACCACCUCAGUGCCAGGGCUCCCGGCGGGUAGUGGAGACGCUGGACCUCAACAUCCUGCUGUGGUUUUUAAAGAGGACGCCACGCUUGGAGCUAUGCACACGCUUGACCUUCACCUAUCACCGGCCAUUCCUGAAGGAGAUGAUCAGUCCACGGCCAAACCGCCCUUCCAUCUCAUCAUCGUUAAUGUGCAGAGCAGGAAUCAGUCAGUCGAUCAUAUCCUGGAAAUUUUGAACCAGCCCGCGAACAGAAUGGGUGGCGCCCAGUUGCAGUUUCCUCAGAUCACGGACUUUUCACAUAUAACCAGUGAGGCUGUCCAGUUCAGUGGAGACACAGACGUUCUUGAGCCUGUGCCCAUCAACCUGCCUCCAACUGUCAGCUUUGUCAAUGGAAAACAUGAGGUGACCUUUGAGCCAGAGCAGCCAGAAGAAGCUAGAGGGGAUCAGUUUGAGACGGCUACUCCUGUUCGGGUAGGAAAUGAGGACAUGGAGGAGAACAAGGUGAAGGAGGAGGUGGAAAGUGUCACUCCUUUUGACUACAAAUUCAUAGAAGUCCAAACAGAGGGGCCACAGACAGAGGAAACCAGCGUUACAGUCACUGACCUUGCAGAUACAUACCCAGAUGUGGUUACAGAGUCAGUCGUGGAUGCCUACACAGUCCCGUAUGUCUUUACUGACUUCGAGAGUGUCAGAACUCAAGAACCAGUUGAAGAGACCACCACCUCAAGCCCAAAUGCACACCUCGUCUCAUCCUCAGUAUCUACAACACCAUCAGGACCAGCCCUCCACAGUGUCUCCCAACCUGUUACUGACAAUGUCUCCAUCUGUGAGGACACGGGAGGUUCUGCAAACUGUGGUACUGCAGGUGGUACACAAGAGGGCUCUGCAAAUGAUGCUUUGCCCACACCUGCUGGAGACGGGCACUUGGGUAUGAUGACUGAUGAGGCAGAAGUUGGUGGGACUGAGGUUCCUACUUCUGUCCCAGGCACACGGUCACAAGAAACCACCAUUAAAACCCAGACUGAAGACUUAGAAGGAUCUGCCUCUGGAGAAGAUGAAGCUUCAGGACAAGAUGAACCAGAAAGACUGGAGCUUACCAGCACAUUACCACCUAAUUAUUAUCCCCUUCACACCCAGCAGCCUCAAGCAGCAACAGGUACUGAAGUCACAGAAGUCCCUAUGGAUUUACCAGCUGUUGACACGAUUACAGAAACAGGCUCAGGUGAGGAGCCUCUGUUCGGAGAGGGGGAGGCUUCUGGGGAACAAGAUGAUCUGGUUGACCUUCCUGGAGAGGUUGCUAUUACUGUUUUACCAGCUGUGGCAUCUGUUUUAGAGCAAACCACUCUACCUGCACACAUGAAGGACACAACCAGAGAAGAUAGCUCAUCAAACUUCUCCACACAUCAAUCCCUUAUUGCCACAUAUGAUGAGAAACAUCCCAUUGUUCCCACUGAGCCUGAAUCCACCACUUCAGUCGACCAUACCAGACAAUCCACCGAGCCUUACAGAGACCCGACUGAGCAGUCCACCCCAAGUUCCUCUGAGUAUGUAAGCCAGUCAACACUGUCCCCCACGUCGUCCCUGAACACUUUUGACCAUAGCCCCCACUCCAUCCCAGAGUGGGCACUUUCCCCCGACCCGGUUGCCACCCUUCUCCCAGAGGUGAAUUUUGUGGACUAUGACAAAGAGAUUGCCCCCAGUCUGGUGGAGUCGCGUCCUCAGAUCCCGGUAGAGACUGAGACUGCCAUGGAGCAACUUCAGAACAGCACUGACUCUGCUUACUCUGUACAGGUCAGUGUGGAUGUCACAGAUCCCCUUCCGUGCUCAAUCACUGUGUGUCACAAUGGAGGCUCCUGUUACAAGAGGGGAGCACAAAACAUCUGUGUGUGUGCACCUGGAUACACUGGGCAGCUCUGUGAAACCGACGUCGAUGAGUGCCAGUCCAACCCGUGUCUGAACGGAGCCACCUGUCUGGAUGGAUUCAACUCCUUCACCUGCCUAUGUCUGCCCAGCUACACAGGAGAGCUCUGUGAACAAGACACUGAGCUGUGUGGAUCGGAUUGGCAGAAGUUUCAGUCUCAUUGCUACAAGUACUUCACCCACCGUCGCACCUGGGACGCCGCUGAGAGGGAGUGCAGGCUGCACGGCGCCCACCUGACAAGCAUCCUGUCACCGGAGGAACAACUGUUUGUCAAUCGUCUGGGUAGCGAUUAUCAGUGGAUUGGUCUGAACGACAAGAUGUUUGAGAGGGAUUUCCGAUGGACUGAUGGACGACCAAUGCAAUAUGACCACUGGAGGCCCAACCAGCCGGAUAGCUUCUUCCAGUCAGGAGAGGACUGUGUGGUGAUGAUCUGGCAUGAGGGAGGACAGUGGAACGACGUGCCCUGCAACUAUCACCUGACCUUCACCUGCAAAAAGGGAACAGUGUCAUGUGGGCAGCCACCUGUGGUGAAGGAUGCACGAGUAUCUGGGGCCAUGAAGCCGCGUUAUGAGAUCAACUCCCUGCUCCGCUAUCAUUGUAAAGAAGGCUUCAUCCAGAGAUACACGCCCACUAUACGCUGCCGUGCCAACGGCCAAUGGGACACUCCCAAAGUCGCCUGCACGAGUCCUGCAACGUACCACAACUCGUUUACACUGCCGCCGCCGCACCACAACAAGAUCAGGGAGCACAGCCAGAGCCACAUUCAUCACAGCAAGAGUCAUCAGGAACACAGGCAAAAGCAAGAGCAGCAGCAGAGUUCUAACAUCCUGCAGAGGCUCUGGAACUCUUUCCAGAACUGAGUCCGGCAGCUGCUGAGGGUGAAGAAGAGGGGCGUGCAGGUCCAAACACACAACAAGGAUUAGAUGGAACACUGAUUCACUCUGUGGUUGGCCAUGUCGCUGCAGAGCCAUCGAUAGACAAAGGGAUGUACAGAACUGUCUAUCGAUGGCUCUUAAAAGGACAAGGGAGGACAAUGUUUCACCAUUCCAUUACCCACAGUCUAAGGUCUGGUCUGUAAGGGUGCGUUCACACUGAGUGCGAUGCAGUUUUGUUUUUUUUUGCAAAGUGGGAAUUUAUCCCCACAAAAAUGCUUUGCUUCGUUCUUUGUUGAAAUAUUUGAAAAUGUGGUGAAAAUAUAUUCACCUGCAGUCCGUAAGCAUGUACGUCCUUCCCAUAACGUCUGUAUCCCUUGAUUCGAGCUGUUUGUCGAGCACAAUGACUGACAUGCUGGGUGUGAACGCACCAUAACCCUCGUGAGAACCACCUUUACUUUAGAUUGGGUCAAAUAUCCCUGCAUUGCCCACAUAGAGUGGUGCUGGUGCUGUUGUUUUUCUCUCCUGACCACACAGAGAAUCCUUGUGUGAAAUCUUACUUUAAAGGUGUUUUUUUUUUGUGAACCAACAAAGUUAUGUUUACAUACACUGUUUCUUACCCAUAAUGCAUUGUGUAGACUUGUGGUCAUAUGUUUAUGCUCCUCUGUAUCUUGCUCCUUUAGCUGUACUUGAGGCUAAGUUGCAUUGUGGAUAAUGUAUAGAAGUCGUUGAGAUGGAGAUGAACCAGACAGCAACAACUCUCAGACUCAACAUCUGCUUUAACACCCCCAAGACACUGCCGCUACCACGGCUAUGCAAUUGCACAAAACACCCUUUAAUCACAAGCCUUGGUGAAUUAUGUUCAUAAAAUGUCUGACACAACUUCCUGAGGAUUCACCUUAAGUCAAUGUGUCUGGGUCUGGAUGACCUGACACCUGAGCCAGGAGCUUUCCCAGGGGAACCAGUUAGGAAAAAGGGUUUGGACAACAGUAGCUUGGGUUCCAUCCGACACCCACAACAAAAUAAGAUGAUAAAUAGCUCGCCUUUCAUCCUAUGUAAAUAGUUUGUAUUUAUAUAGUGAUUUUGAAGUCUUUUCUAGACCCUUUCAAAACUGCUUUGCCAUUCACCCGUUCACUCCCACAUUCACUCCCACAUACAGCAUCAUCCCCAUUCACACACUGCUGGCACAAUUGUCAGGAGCAACAUGGGGCAAAGUGUCGGCAUAUAGACUAGUGGAGCUGGAAAUUGAACCCACAACCUUCCCGUUGAAAGAUGACUCACUCUUCCACUGAGCCACUGUUGCUAAUCCUUGCUGGCUAUAGCCCCCCCCCCCCCCACGAGCCUCAUGUGGACGAUAAAGCAGUGGACAAUGAGUGAGUGACUGUCCUUAUCCCUUGUCCUUCCAGGUCACAGUAGCCUGGUUGUGUGUCUGCAUCAUGGAAACAAUUUACGCUGCUGUUAAACCACACACGACAGUGGUUUCUUCUCUGUAGACGUUUCCACAGAGUGCAUAUAGCAACAUUGUGUGGUCAUUAUGAACAGAGCACCUUCAUGCUCUGUGGUUCACACGUGUAUAUUUGUACUUAUUUCAAAGUAAAAACUGUUGAUUUGUAGGGCAACAGGCAAUGUGUCUGUCCUGAGUAGAUCCUAUUUUAUUUAAAAGAUGCAGCAGUGGCAUGACACAGGUCAUUUUCCCUCAAUCACAGUUAUUUUGUGCUAUAAAUCAAGUUGUCUUUGUUACCAUCCUGUGGCAAUGAGAAAACCAUGUUGAAAGCAAGACAUAGAAUAACAUGGAAGAUGUUUUAUCUGGAUAUCACUCAGUGCAGUCAGUUUUAAAAACAAGUUCAAGUACAUUCCAGCUUUAAAUCACUCACUUUCUUUACUCGAGGCCUUUGUUAUGAUGUAUUUGAAGGACCAGAAGAUCCAUGACUUCAUACUGAAAAGUCCUCGCGCUUAGUUAAGCGCACAGAUUUACUUAUAGGGCAGCGACAGAAGCAGUCCCACAGCAGGCAGGCCCCCAGUGAGAACAACAGUCAUUUGUGGGAGAUUAUCCUGUUUCCCUCUUUCUUUUCUUUGUUUUUAUGUUGCCACAUUACCAUGACCAGCAAAUGGCUAUCAGCUUGAAAGUAUCAUUGUAUGCUCUCAAAAUAGACACUCCCCUUUUAAAAAAAAAAACAUUGCUCCAUACCACCACUAGUACAGCCGCGCUAUGACGACCCCGCCCAUGUAGAGGAGGUGCUAUAGUAAUGGAAAAUGACGUGUCCGAUACCAAAGCACCUGGAGUACUGCUCAAACUGUAUCAUAGAAAAGUGCCAAAAGUAAAUCGAAAAGGUUUAUUCUAAGGUUACAAAAGUCAAACAUAUUUGUAUUUUUAUUUUAAAGCGAUUGUACACAAACAUACAUAGAUAUAGUAUUAUUUAAUUUCUGUCAAUAAACUCUCCUAAAUGUUACAAUAAACCCUCCUAAAUGUUACACACUGGACCUUUAACAAAAUCAUAAACCUCCAUGUGCUUUUUUGUCACAACUUGUGAACUAUUUACGGGCCCAUUUGAAGGCACAAUUAAGAUAGAAUAUAAUAUAAUAUAAUACAAUAUUGUUGUUGUUAUGUGUUGUCAUCAUCCCAGAAAAUCACACACCACCACCAAAUGUACAACUUUAAGUUUGGAACAUAGUGAACACAGUGAAGUUUGGUGUUAGCUUAGCGACAUGCUACUUUCUGCUGCACAUCUGGAAACAUUACCCACAUUACCCACAUUACAGUCUAAUAAUACAGAUAAGAUAAAUGAGCCUGAUGUAUUUUAUUGUAUGUGUUUUUUUCUAUCCUUUUUAUAUAUUGUUUGUCAUAUACCUUUGUUUAAUGAAAUCUCAUCUUCUACUCUGUGAAGUUAAUUUACAGUGUCUGUGGAGCAAAACAUGUUUAUGUAGUCAUUUUUUUCAUUUCAUAUUCAAGUUACUGUAAAAAUGUCCAUCAUCCUGCUUUCAUUGUCAAUUGUGUGUGCAAUAAUAUCAACUCAUAACACUUCA